AUGGAGAAUAAGAGCAACAACAAUGGAGAUUUUGGAGGAGAAGAAAGUUCCAUUGACGGAGACAUACUCGCAUCGAUCCUCUCCAAAUUGCCGCUACUCGACCUCGACUCUGCCUGCCACGUGUCCAAAUCCUGGAACCGGUCCGCCUUCUUCUCCCUCCGCCUUCUUAAAACCAUGCCUUGGUUGAUCGUCUACCGACAGAGGAGAUUCCCGCCGUGCACCAUGGCGGCGAAGGCGAUGGCUUACGAUCCCAAGUCCGAUGAGUGGAUCGAGCUCAUAACCGCAUCCCCCGUUGAACACCUGUCCGCUGCUCGAUCCGCCCACUCCACGUUGCUCUACGCGCUAUCGCCGACAAAAUUCUCCUUCUCAGUCGACGCAUUUCAUCUGAAUUGGCGACACGUGGCACCUCCGAGAGUGUGGAGGAUCGAUCCAAUCGUCGCCGUCGUCGGACAGAGCCUGAUCGUAGCCGGCGGCGUGUGCGAAUUCGAGGACGAUAAAGUCGCCGUCGAGUGUCUAGACAUCGAAUCCGGCGGUGCCGUGUGGGAGAGAUGUGAAUCUAUGCCGGAUUUCCUCUGGAACUCUGCAUCCUCCACGUGGCUAUCCGUUGCAGCAAGUUCGGAAAAGAUGUACGUGACUGAGAAAAGAUCAGGCAUGGCUUGUAGUUUCGAUCCAGAAACUAGAUCGUGGACGGAACUCCUUGAUCUCUCUCCCGUAGACGAACACGGCGGCGACUGUAAAUUGUACUCACGCGUGAUGGGAUUCGCGGGUAACCGUCUAAUCAUGGCGGGGAUCACCGGAGACGAUUAUAAUCCGACGGGAAUCGAACUGUGGGAAAUAGUAUCCAACGAAUCCCUGUUGAAUUUGAAAUUCGAAACGAUUGGAUCCAUGCCUAAGGCGUGUUUUGGUAAACUCAGGGGAGUUGAUUCCGAUUGGCCGUUAACGUCGAUAGCGUUGAACGCCGUGGGAGAUAUGGUUUAUGUUCAUAAUGCGACGGAGACCGGAGAAAUUGUGGCGGCGGAGAUAGAAGAAGGAAAGCUCUGCAAGUGGAGGACGCUGCGUAACGCAGACGCUACGUGGAACAGAAGUGACGCGGGGGAAAGAGUUAUGGUUGCGUGCUCAAACGUGAGUUUUAGCGAUUUGAAAAGUGCGUUUAAGAAUAAUUUGAGUUUCUCCGUGGUCCGUUAA